AUGCUGGGCUCCCUGCUCAUCCCCCAAGCCAGACAGCCCCUGCAGUGCCUCUUCCGAGACUUGCACCGUUGCAGAUGGGGGUUGUGUAGGCAGAAGAAUCCCCACAGGGGUCUGCAAACCACUUGGGUGACCUCCAGCAGUGACAUCAGCCCUGUCUUCACUAGAGCUUUGGCUUUUGGUGAUAAAGUUGCCAUCGUUGACCGAAACGGUGAGCACACCUACAGAGACCUUCUCACCCAGAGCCUGCGCUUGGCCCAGGAGAUCUGUAGAGCUCUGGAAUGCUCCAGCAGGGACUUGAAGGAAGAGAGGAUCUCAUUUUUAUGUCCCAAUGAUGCCUCCUAUGUGGUGGCCCAGUGGGCUUCCUGGAUGAGUGGGGGCAUAGCAGUGCCCCUGUACAGGAAGCAUCCGGUGCAGGAGCUGGAGUACGUGAUUCAGGACUCGCAGAGCGCGCUGGUCAUCGCAGCACAGCAGUUUGUUGAGAAGAUAGCCCCCAGCGCUGAGAAACUGGGAGUCCCUCUUCUGCCCCUUCUGAAGUCUCACAAGGAUGGAUCCACAAGUCACCCAGCAGUAGAGGAGGGUCCCUUGACAGCCUGCUCCUCAUGGAAAGGCAGAGGAGCCAUGAUAAUCUACACUAGCGGGACGACGGGAAGGCCCAAAGGAGUCCUCAGCACCCACGAGAACGUGCAGGCUGUGACCACAGGGCUGGUUGAAAAAUGGGAGUGGAAGAAGGAGGAUGUUAUUCUGCACGUGCUGCCUUUACACCACGUCCAUGGGGUGGUCAAUAAGCUCCUCUGUCCUCUCUGGGUGGGAGCAACAUGCAUCAUGUUCCCCGAAUUUGAUGCACAGAUGGUUUGGAAGAGGCUCCUACGCUCUGAAGCUCCCCGUAUCAGUGUCUUCAUGGCAGUGCCCACCAUCUAUGCCAAGCUGAUAGAGUAUUAUGACAAGAAUUUCUCUCAACCUCAAGUCCAGGCUUUUGUGCAUGCCUUUUGCCAGGAGAAUAUCAGGUUAAUGGUGUCAGGCUCUGCAGCUCUGCCUGUGCCUGUCCUUGAGAAGUGGAAGAGCAUCACUGGGCACACUUUGCUGGAGAGGUAUGGGAUGACUGAGAUUGGAAUGGCGCUUUCUAACCCUUUGCAUGGAGUCCGUGUCCCAGGUUCUGUGGGCAACCCGCUUCCGGGGGUGGAAGUGCGCAUCGCCAGUGAGACCUUGAAGAACGGUCAUCGUUCCUACACCAUCCAUGCUCAGGGAGAUGAAAACCACACACAGGUGACGCCAGGUCUCGAGGAGCAGGAAGGGGAGCUGCUCGUGAAGGGACCCUCUGUCUUCCGCGAGUACUGGAACAGACCCAGAGAGACUGCAGAUGCCUUCACACCUGAUGGCUGGUUCAAAACAGGAGACACAGCAGCCUACAAGGAUGGUGUUUACUGGAUCAAGGGUCGCACCUCUGUGGACAUCAUCAAGAAUGGGGGGUUCAAAAUCAGCGCCCUGGAGGUGGAACGCCAUCUGCUCACACACCCACACAUCACAGAUGUAGCUGUGAUUGGGCCUCCAGACAUGGUGUGGGGCCAGCGGGUCAGCGCUGUCGUGCAGCUGCGCGAGGGCCAGAUGCUCUCCGUGAAGGAGCUGAAGGAGUGGGCCAGGGACAUCAUGGCACCAUACACCAUCCCCACGGAGCUGAUCGUGGUGGAGGAGAUCCCACGUAACCAGAUGGGCAAAGUCAACAAGAAGGAGCUCCUGCAGCGCUUUUACCCAGCCUAG